UUGUAUUUUGAGAAUUGCUUAAUAAUUUUCUCUUUUCUUUUUUACAAUGGUCUUUCGUAAUUCCAUUAUUUUUUAACAAAUCAUCCCCUCUGCUGAGAAAUGGCAACGCUGCUGAGUCUGCAGACGAAAUGCGAAUGUGUGUCUCUGGCUUCCAAUUCUUCUCUCCUGCGCUGAAUUCCUGGCAAGUGAUUUCGUGAAACCGUGCCCACGUGGUAUUGUACAGACUUGUUUGCUUUUGUCGGGCGUCGCUGAAUGAGAUGAAAAACAGGAGUUGCAAUUCCAAGGACGAGCUGAAAACAAAGAGGAGCAGAAAACGGGAGGAAAAAACAGAAAAGUGCAGCGAACGAACAGGCGGCGGCGGCAGCAGAGCGACUUGAGCCUUCGAGACGAGCGGAUCGACGUCGAAAGUCGAAAAGUGUUCGAAAAGGAUUUCGAACGGAAAACGAAAACUGCGAGGGACGCAAAAUUAUACCUCGAGUUUUAAAAGCAAAAGGAUUUGUGUGUUUCACUUUCGAGAUGAGCAACAACUUCAACAUUGACCAUGACUCGAAGGCGUACGCCUUCGACUUCAACCUGCCGGACGCGGUGCAGAUGUCCAUGUUCCAGUGCAGCAUCCGAGCGCCAAACAACCAGAGCUUCUACAAGGACAUGCUCAAUCAGUGGCGCGUCGCCAACUGCAGGAUGCUGGUGCAGCAGAACGAGCACUUCAUGGCCGCGCCCAUCUUCAGCCCUCCGAGUGGCCUGAACGCAUUCGUCGUGUGUUCCAAAAGCUAUGCCCACUGCGGACAAUUGCAAGCCGCCCUCAGCUUCCAUGGUUUCCGCUUGGAGCGUCCGGUUGAUCACUUCGAUGAGACAACGAUGAAAAUGGUGCUCGAGUUCACCAUGCUGGCGCGACUGUCCCCUCUGUGGACCCAAGUCGAUGGCAACCUUCUCGCUUUUGGCUCCGACUUUGUCACUUACGCCUGCGCCAUUCCCGCAGUUCACUUCACACUCACCAUCAUUGGACGAACGGCCCGUCUGGUGGUGCGUCCCAAAAAGGUCAAACUGCAGCACUUGCAGUAUCCAGACCUCGAGAUCAACCCACCUCAGCUGGGCAUGGACUUCAUCAACCAGAAGAUUGGCAUGGUUCUGGGCAACAACAUUGACCUGCAGUGGGUCAACACGAUGCCCAGCAUGAAGCCAGCGAAGAUUGUCAAAAUCACUCAUGCUAUUCCUGACUCGAGCCCUCUGAAGACCUAUCAGGACUUCUGCAAAAUGUGGAAUGAUGUGUACGGAAUCAACUUGCCCAAGCCUGCUGCAGACAGCACCAAUUCUCCGUGUGGACCCUACGUGACCGUCAAGUACCAAAACAAUUACCAAUCCCAAUUUGCCAAUCCAACCGAGUACACGUUUCCCGCUCUGUGCGUGAGGCCGUUCCCUGUCAUCUACUAUGGCAAUUUCGACCACCAAAUGAUAGCCUCGUCCUUCCUCGGCAUACUGCAGCAGCGCUUCCCGAAGGUUUGCGACGUCAACCUUGUGCCCAUCCCUCUGCAGAAAAUGAUUUCUGCCGUCCGAGUGCCUGCGCCGAUUCUUCCCAAGAAGCAGCAGCCAAUCAAGAAUGCAGGUUUUCAUUUGAUUUUGUCCCAGCACAACUCUACUCACGAGGAAAUGGCUGAAAUCCUCAACUCUCUGCGCCAAGAGCAGAAAAUCACUGCUGCCCAAGCACUUGUGCCGGCACCUCCAACAAUCAGCAAAAUUGAGCAGCAGUCACCGUCCACCGAGCAAAAUGCCGUGAUUGCCGCUGCUCCGACUGGAGAAGUGACUGGCGAGUGGGUCAUCGGCGGCUCCUCCGGCACCGAGUCGGACGUCGCCCAAAGCCCCAACUCGGCUCCACCCUCUGAGCCGAUGGUGAUGCGAAUCCUGCCAAGCGCCUCUGCAGCUUUCGGCCUGCCGAUCAUGGUCCACAUCAACACCCCUCCAGAGCAGAGAUCUACACCAGACCUGACCACUGAUGAGCAAAUUUCCACUGAUUCUUCUCCAAAUAGCAGUGCGGGUUCCGACCACACCUAUGCCUCCGAGGGUAAAAAUGCUCCUCCUGUUGAAAAGACGGAGGGCGGUGCUGGAAUUCCUGACCAAAAGCAAGAGCUUGUCGUCCGUCGUGAUUCAUUGCUGCUGCCAACAUCGAGUUUCUUCGUCAGCAGCACUGUCGAGGUUGUCAACACAGUCCCCUCCGAGCUGAGGAAGCGUCUCCUUUGCUCGACUUCCACUGCCCAGCAAAAGAACAAGAGACUGCGCCUCAGUUACUUGCAGAACAUGGAGAAAUUUGUCCUCUGCAACCGAGUCCACACGUUCAAUUGUGACGAACUGAAGCAGUGGCUGCUGAUGCACAAUGUGCCCUUCAACUGGAAGUGCAAGAAGCAGCAACUUAUUGAUCUCGUCCACGAGUACUUCAAAAAUAAGCCAGCCGUUGUGGUGCAAAUCGAUGCUUGAAUCGCACUCUUGAGGUUAAUUGCCAAAGUUGAUCAAUUGAUUUAAUUUGUCAUUCAAAAUCCUCAGGUACAUUAUUUAUUUUUAAUUUAUUCUUUGUAUAUAUCAUAAGGCCUGUAAAAAACAUUCCAUAUCCUCAAAUGACCAUUUGUCAAAUUAGAAAUAUCUAUUAGUGUGGAUUUAACACAAAGAAGUGCCUUAUAUUGCAUUUUGCCAGUCUUCAGUAUUGGCCUGGGUAUGUAUUAAAUAUAUAAAAAUUAAUUUAUUAACAAAAGCUGGUAAGAAAGGAGGAAAGUCAUUGAAGACUUUGUAUAAUUGAGAUAAGAAUAUAAAAAACGAAAUUGUUAAUUUCCAGCAAAUUUGUGUCACCAAAAGUGGAGGAUGAAUAAUUGAAACAAGUGAAAAUCCCAUUUUGAUGGUUGCACUCCAAAACCAUUUGCUAAUUUGGAAAAAAUCUUGAUAAGUUCUGUAGCCUAAAAUGAAUAAAAACAAAACAUGACUGAAAUGUGAAUUUAUUGUUCAUUAAAAGUAUUGAAGAAUUUGUAAGCUAUAUAUUGAUUUAAAAUGGAUUUCUUUAAAUUCUUUGGAAAAAAACGCAUCAAAUAUAGACAUUUAGAGUUCCCGCAAAAAGUGGAGCUGCUGACGUCACGUGUCAGGGCCUCCGAGUGACGUCACCGGUGCUCGCUCAAAGGACGACUGCGCUGGCGGUGCUCACGCGCACAAACCACUGCUGCUGAACCGCCUGACUUACUUACCAACUUGUUUUGAAGAAACAGAUGUCGGUGUCGGGUCGCUGAAAAUUUUGAUGGACGAAGAAAAAAUGCUGGAGAAAUUGCACCCAGGAUCGUCCCACGGCCCAGCACCAGACGAGCAGGAACUAGAGGAGUUCACUUCCUCCGACGAUGAAGAUCCCGAAGAGGAGGACGAAGAAGAAAUGACGGAGGAAGAACAGGAAUAUGUGAACAACCUAAAUAACCAGCUCGACCAGAUCUCGGGCUUAAUGGAUGACAUUGAACAAAAGAAUGACGGUCUACAGGCCAAAUUGCGCCAACUCUUGGACCUCAUGACUAGAGAGGAGAGAUUGGAGGCUUCAACAGAGCAGAUGAAUUUAGAGGACGAGGAAGAUUGCAAAGAUAUGGAAAAAUCGUAAUUGUUCUUCAAAGAAGUCAUUUUUCUGAUACUUAUUCCGCGUGUUGUGAUCAAUAAAAUUAUUUAUACAUUCCAUGUAAAUAUGAAAUUAUAAUGUGUUGUAAUUGUAAUAAAAUGCAGAGCAUUAAUUGAAAUAAGAGCGAUUUAUUUUCAGUGUCCAUCGAAAGUGGAAGUAAUUUUACAAUAACAUAAUGAAGACUAAUUAACGGAUUACAAACAAAGCCCACUAGAUUUUCCAGAAUAAUUCUGAUUCUUUCAGGACCAUUCUCAAAUUAACUGUAACAAAUAUGUAGUACGUGAAUUCAGGUCUACUUAAUAAAAAAAAAAAAACAAAAACAAAAAAAA